AUGAAGUUAAUUAAAAGACAAACAAAACCAAAAUAUGGAAAUAAUGUUAAAACAAUGACAGUUAAUAAAACAAAUGCUAAUUUAAAAGAAGACGAUGAUUAUAUUGAUAAGGAAAUAAAAAAAGAUGAAGAUUGUGAAGAUAAAGAAAUAAAAGAAGAUGAUGAUUGUGAGGAUAAAGAAGAAGAAAAAUGUAAAAGUAAACCAUAUUUAACAAAUGCAGAAAUUAGAUUACAUAAUGUUGAUACAAACAAAGAUAUUAAAAUUAAAUUACCAAUAAAAGAGAUAACAGAUGCGUUGAAUAAUAAAAACAAGAAGAAGAAAUAA